AAAGGAGCCAAAGAAAGAGGGACGAAAGGUUUCUUACUUUUUUAAUUCAUGCAGCGAUUCGUAUAGAAAACUCUGAAAGAUUCAGAGAACCCUAGCACGCAAUAAAAACCAUUGAGACUUUCCCUCUUCUCUCUCUUUCUCUGGUGUGUGCGUUUCGUUGAGAUAGCGUGAGAAGAAAGCAGGUUCCGUUCCGAUGGUUUUCUACUUCAAGGCACGCCCUGAAGCUGGCGAUUACACCAUCUUCAUGGGUCUCGACAAGUACGAGAACGAAGAACUCAUCAAAUAUGGUUUCCCUGAAGAUAUCUGGUUCCAUGUUGAUAAGAUGUCUUCAGCACAUGUAUAUGUAAGACUGCACAAAGGUCAGACUAUUGAUGACAUUAGUGAAGGUUUACUGGAGGACUGUGCUCAGCUUGUUAAAGCAAAUUCGAUUCAAGGAAAUAAGGUGAACAAUAUUGAUGUUGUUUAUACUCCCUGGGCCAAUUUAAAGAAAACUGCUUCAAUGGAUGUUGGUCAAGUUGGUUUCCACAACCCCAAAAUGGUCCGAACUGUGAGAGUGGAGAAGCGGAUCAAUGAGAUUGUCAACAGGCUAAACAAAACAAAAGUGGAAAGGAAACCUGAUUUGAGAGCUGAGCGUGAAGCAGUUAAUGCAGCUGAAAGAGCUGAGAGAAAGCAACAAAUGAGAGACAAGAAACGCCGUGAGGAAUUGGAAAGACUUGAAAAGGAGAGACAAGCCGAACUGAGGAGCUACAAGGGUUUGAUGGUUGCAGAGAAUAUGACAUCCAAUAAGAACAUUGCAUCAGGAAGCAAAACACUGCAAGAAAUGGAGGAUGAUUUCAUAUUCGGAUUGGGCAGGGGACUUGAAGGACAGAAAAUCGGUCACUGGUUACUAUGUAUACUUAAGAAACAAUCUUGUAUCAUGGAAAAGCAAUAAACAAGCCAAAGUUAGCCACAACAGCACUGAGGCAGAAUACUUGAGCAUGGCAGCAGCUCAGUCAGAAUUGGUGUCCAUUCAACAACUUCUAAACGAACUUAGAGUCCAACAAUCAAUAGCACCUAUUAUAUAUUGUGAUAAUCAAAGCGGUUAUUCAUUGGCUGCCAACCCAAUGUUUCAUACAAGGUGCAAACAUAUGAAAAUUGAUCUUCAUUGCCUUAGAAAAAUAGUAAAUCAAAAAGAGCUUUAUGUUCUUCAUAUACUCUCCAUAGUUCAGAUUGGGGAUAUCUUCACUAAACCACUUUCAGCUCCUCUGUUUCACAAGUUUAGAGACAACAUCUAGUAGUUUUUCAACCCACUGCUAAGUUUGAGGGAUCUAUGAGUGAGUGAGUAAGUACAAAAUGGUAGUUAUAAACCUAAAUUAAUUUUUUAAUUCUGUUAGUUUGUUUUGGUGUUCUGGCAUUUUCUGUUUUUUUAUUGCUAUGUCCAGCUCUUGUAAACUCUAUAUAUAGAGUAGUAUCCUUGCUUCAAUGUACACAAUAUUCUUUUAUCUCAAUUGAAUAAACUUUAGUUCAA